CUGCACCGGGCGCCGUCAGGGCGGUGCGAGCAUCACGUGCCGUGGCGUGGGCCGCUGCCUUGGAAACGCGGGGCGCGGGCUUCCUGAACUUGACUGAGCCGGGGUCUGAGACGAUGCUGCUGGUGGCCGGGAUGCUGCGGUACGGCUGCAGCCUGUGCGGCCUGGGAGCCGGAGCGGCUCUGCGGAGACCGGCAGGCCGAGGCGGCCUGCGCAGCGGGGGUCGCGCCCGGAGUUUCAGCACCAGCUGGACCCCGGUGGGCUCCGCCUUCAACGCCAAGCCCCAGGGCCGCCUGUGGCAGCUGUUGGAAGAGCGCCGGGGUCUUUUUGGAGUUCCUGAGCUCAGCACCCCUGAAGGAUUCCAUGUUGCCCAGAAGGAGACCUUGAGGAAGACGGAAUGGCUUGUGGAGCGAGCAUGUUCCACGCCUCCAGGUCCACAGACGGUCCUCAUCUUUGACGAGCUCUCAGAUUGCCUGUGCAGAGUGGCCGACUUGGCAGACUUUGUGAAAAUCGGACACCCUGAGCCCGCGUACAGAGAGGCUGCAGAAGAGGCCUGCAGAAGUAUCGGCACCAUGGUGGAAAAAUUGAACACAAAUGUGGAAUUGUAUCAGAGUCUCCAGAAAUUACUAAAUGACAAGAAGCUUAUGGAUUCCCUUGAUGCAGAAACCAGGCGAGUGGCUGAGCUAUUUAUGUUUGAUUUUGAAAUAAGUGGAAUUCAUCUAGAUGAAGAAAAGCGCAGAAGAGCAGUGGACCUCAAUGUCAAGAUCCUAGAUUUGAGCAGUGCUUUUCUCAUGGGAGCCAACUUUCCCAACAAGAUACAGAAGCAUCUCUUACCAGAGCACAUUCACCACCACUUUGCCCGUGAUGGGAGUUACGCAGUCAUUGAUGGUCUACAUGCAGAAGCCUCGGAUGACUUGGUUCGGGAAGCUGCUUAUAAAAUUUUCCUUUACCCCAAUGCUGGUCAGUUGAAAUGUUUAGAAGAAUUGCUAAGCAGCAGAGAUCUUCUGGCAAACUUAGUAGGCUAUUCUACAUUUUCCCACAGGGCCCUGCAGGGAACCAUAGCUCAGACUCCAGAGACUGUCAUGCAGUUCCUUGAGAAACUAUCUGACAAACUCUCUGAAAGAACUGCAAAAGAUUUCGAGAUGAUGAGAGGAAUGAAAAUGAAACUAAAUCCUCAAAAUUCUGAACUAAUGCCUUGGGACCCCCCCUACUACAGUGGUGUGAUUCGUGCAGAGAGGUAUAAUAUUGAGCCCAGUUUAUAUUGCCCAUUUUUCUCCCUUGGAGCUUGCAUGGAAGGCCUGAAUGUCUUAUUUAACAAACUGCUUGGCAUCACCUUAUAUGCAGAGGAGCCUGCAAAAGGAGAGGUGUGGUGUGAUGAUGUCCGGAAGCUGGCUGUUGUUCAUGAAUCCGAAGGGUUGCUGGGGUACAUUUACUGUGAUUUUUUCCAGCGAGCAAACAAGCCACAUCAGGAUUGCCACUUCACCAUCCGAGGGGGCAGAUUAAAGGAAGAUGGAAGCUAUCAGCUCCCAGUCGUUGUUCUUAUGCUGAACCUUCCCCAUUCCUCCAAGGACUCCCCCACUUUAUUAACUCCUGGGAUGAUGGAGAAUCUCUUCCAUGAAAUGGGACAUGCCAUGCACUCCAUGCUGGGACGAACUCGGUACCAACAUGUCACUGGAACCAGGUGCCCGACUGACUUUGCAGAAGUUCCAUCUAUUCUGAUGGAGUACUUUUCAAAUGACUACCGAGUAGUCAGCCAGUUUGCCAGGCAUUAUCAGACUGGGCAGCCACUGCCAAAAGCUAUGGUGUCUCGACUCUGCGAAUCUAAGAAGGUUUGUGCGGCCGCAGAAAUGCAGCUUCAGGUCUUUUAUGCCGCCCUGGAUCAAAUCUACCAUGGCCAACAUCCCCUGAGAAAGUCAACCACAGACAUCCUCAUGGAAACACAAGAGCAGUUUUAUGGCUUGCCCUAUGUUCCUGACACUGCCUGGCAGCUGCGGUUCAGCCAUCUCGUGGGAUAUGGUGCCAAAUAUUAUUCAUACCUGAUGUCCAGGGCUGUCGCAUCCAUGGUCUGGAAGGAGUGCUUCCUACGGGAUCCUUUUAACAGGGCCGCUGGGGAGCGCUACCGAAGAGAGAUGUUAGCCCACGGUGGGGGCAAGGAGCCCAUGCUCAUGGUUCAAGGCAUGCUGCAGAAGUGCCCCUCCAUCGAUGACUUUGUGGAUGCCCUUGUUUCUGACUUGAAUCUGGACUUUGAAACUUUCUUCAUGGAUUCUAAAUAGCAGAAGCAUGGCUCAUUCAGUUAAGAAACUUGUCACCAGAUCCCAGAGCUCUGAAAGCUCCAUCUGAUUUCAGUCCACUGAGGAAACAUUUUCUGACAAGCCUUGAAUUGACUGA